CUCACCUUCUAAUUUUGAUUCUUUCUUGGAGGUUAUUGGUGUCUACUUGAUGGAGUUUGUUGUUACUGGGAACUUAAGUAGUUUGAUUGUGAGAAUUUUUGCUGAAUUUUGUGUUUUUGAGUUGGCAUUUGAUAAAAUUAGGAUUUUGGUUACGAAUUAUACAUCGCCAUUUGGCUAAUUGUAUAUAUGCUAAAGUUGUAGAUUUUCAGAAAAUGUUAUCAAUUGAUUUCCACAUGGAUUUAGUGGAUGAAAUUAUAUGAAGUUGAAAGAAUUCUAGACUAAUAUAAAAUUUCUGAGAAGUCAUGGAUUAGCAACCUGAAAGUAAUUUGAUUGGUUAAACAGAGGCACAAGUGAUUUUCUUGCCAUUCUUUUCGUGAUGGCUUGGUCUUGAGAGGAAAAGAGACUAUGAUCCUGUAUGAGUCAUUUUAGUGCAAAUCCUGUCCAGAUAAUUUACACAGUGUUGGAAAUGCACUAUGAGGUACUCUGAUGAAAGGUAAAAUUCAUAAAACUUAGUUGGUGGUUAGGUUGAAUUCAUAGAGACACCAAAAAAGUGGUCUUGCCAGUUUUGUGAUGGUGACAUAUUGAGUUAAACUUUAUGUUUCGAAAUUUAAAUAUCUUUUCAGACUAUCAAAAUUCCCAAAUAUACGUUAGUAAUGCAGAUAUGCAAUUCUCAUGAAGAUCAAUCUAUCUAUUGAUACAUUUUUAAAUGAAAUCUAAAUUGCAUGAAAAUUUAGGAGUUCAACCCUAGCUUGACUUUCAGUUGACUAUUUUGAUUAGCUCCUCAUUGAGACAUGUUAACGGAAGGCACUUUCUACUUGUGUUGAAUCAAUGCAUAGACAUGUUCAUAGUAUUACUAUGAGAAGAGUUUUAGUAGAGGGACAUCCUAUCCAGUUCAUUAUUUUCAAUAUAUGGCAGUCAAUGUAAACUAUAAAGUGCCAUCAUUAGUUUGUUUUGCUUGUAGCCAACAAGGAUUAUGAAUGCGAAGAUGGUGAUGGGAGAUUAUCUAUGAAGUAAUGAGAAUCAUUUUCUUAGAAAUUAGCUACAUUGUUUAACAUGAAAUACACAACAAUAGGGAUAAUUUAAUAGUCUUAUGAACCAUCAUUUUAUUUAGCUCAUGAGUGCUGAUAUGUAUCUUGUUUUCCUUCUCAACAUAUACCGUUGAACUGAGGAGAGAGAGGGACGGGAGUCAAUUUUAUGUGGUGUAUUGAUCAAAGAGAAGGCGGGUUGCUUCAAGUGGAGAAACUUUGGAAAACAUGGCGACAGGUCCUGGAGCAAGUGAAGGGAAAAAGGCUUUGUAUCACUGUAAUUAUUGCAAUAAGGAUAUAUCAGGGAAGAUUCGUAUCAAAUGCACAAAAUGCCCCGAUUUUGAUCUAUGUGUGGAGUGCUUUUCUGUAGGUGCUGAAGUUACUCCGCACAAAAGCAACCAUCCCUAUAGAGUUAUGGACAACUUGUCCUUCCCCCUCAUUUGUCCAGAUUGGAAUGCAGAUGAAGAAAUACUACUUUUAGAGGGAAUUGAAAUGUAUGGACUGGGGAACUGGGCGGAAGUUGCUGAGCAUGUUGGUACAAAGAGUAAGGCACAGUGUAUUGACCAUUAUACAACAGCAUACAUGAACUCGCCUUGCUAUCCACUUCCGGAUAUGUCUCGUGUUAAUGGUAAGAACAGAAAGGAACUUCUUGCUAUGGCUAAAAUGCAAGGCGAAGGCAAGAAAGGAGUUUCAGUGCUUGGGGAUGUUACACCAAAAGAAGAGUCUCCAUUCUCACCUUCAAGGGUCAAGAUUGAAGAUGUAAGUGGAGAAGCUGCAGCUGGCAGAUCACCAAGUUUAGCUUCUGGUGCAAGUAAGAAGGCUUCAAGCACGGGACAACUCAAGGAUGGCUCUGAUGGAACUAAACUGGAAGAUCCUCAUGUGGAUAGAAGUGUUGGUGUAAAAAAACCCAAAUACACAGGAGAUGAAGGGCCUUCUAUGACCGAGUUAAGUGGCUUUAAUCCCAAGAGGCAGGAAUUUGAUCCUGAGUACGACAAUGAUGCUGAGCAGGCUCUGGCUGAAAUGGAGUUCAAGGAAACUGACACCGAAACUGAUCGUGAACUGAAGCUGCGUGUAUUGCGUAUUUAUUUGUCAAGGCUUGAUGAGAGGAAAAGAAGAAAGGAUUUCAUAUUAGAGAGGAAUUUACUUUAUCCCAACCCAUUGGAGAAGGAACUCUCAAGUGAAGACAGAGAAAUAUAUAACCGUUACAAGGUUUUCAUGCGUUUUCUCUCUCCAGAAGAUCAUGAGGCCCUAGUUAAGAGUGUUAUUGAAGAGCGUAAAAUUCGAAGAAGAAUUCAAGAGCUUCAGGAAUGUCGUGCUGCUGGAUGUCGUAGUCUGGCAGAAGCAAAAGCAUACAUUGAACAGAAGCGGAAAAGGGAAUUAGAGGCAAGUGCUCAAAAAGCAAAGGAAUCUAAGGAAGGUAAUCAGGUUGUUGCAAGUAGUAAAGUAAUGCAAAAGGCAGCACGGCCUAUGAACAGAGAAAAAGGUGAAUCUGAUGGCAGCCCACGAAACACCAUUGACAACCACAAAAUAAAAGGAGGUGCAGGGUUAGAUUCUGGUAGUAAGGAUUCACCCUCUACAACUUUUGAUGAUUGGGAUAUUACAGGACUUCCUGGUGCAGAGUUACUGAGUGAACAUGAGCGACAACUUUGCUGUCAGAAUAGAUUGCUGCCUAGUCACUACCUUAAAAUGCAGCAGAAGCUGGUGGAGGAGAUAUUUAAGGGUACUGUUGUCAAAAAAUCUGAUGCCCAUGGGUUAUUCAAGGUCGACCCUGUCAAAGUGGACACAGUUUAUGAUAUCGUAAUAAAGAAGUUGGGGCAGCAUGAUGAGUCUGCAGCUGUUUAGUUUACUUUUAGUGCGCUUUAUUUUAAACUACACCUCUUCCCCUCUCUCACAUUUGUUUUAGUGUUUUGACUCUUUGAAUAAGUUGUUAUCAAAAUAUAAUGUUAUAAACAUUUAUAUCCAUUGUAACUUAACCUUCAUGUGCCUAUUUUUUAUUCUAAUUAUGAUAACUUUGCAUGGAUUAACAAAAAA